UUACAACGUAUAUAUAUUUAAAUUACAUGUACCAAAUGAAAGUGAAGUCAAUAAAGAAGUGUGCGUCUUCCUUUGGCUGAUCGCUCUAGCGGUCACCACAGCAGAUCUGGUUUUCCUCUUUACCUCCUGCCUGGCAGCUCCAUCUACAAAAUCCUUUGUCCAGUAUAUUCACCAUCCCUCCUCUGCACGUGUCCAAACUAUUGAACAUUCACAUCUCACAACUUUGUCUUCAAACUGCUCAACCUGAGUCGUCCCUCUGAUGUACUCCUGUCUAAUCCUGUGCAUUCUGGGCACUCCCAGUGAAAAUCUUAACAUCUGCAUCUUGGCCUCCUCUGGCUCCACUUUGUGACUUUUUGUCAGCGUCACUGUCUCCAAAUACAUCAUACCUACCGUCGUUGUUUUAAUUCUUGGUGCUGUCCAUCUGUCACAAAUCAGCUCUGACAUCCACCCACUCUACCUUGAAAAUACUCUUCUUCACCUUCUCUUAUGUUCGCAUGCUCAUUUUCUACAUUUAUCAGCUCUUCACAGGACUCUCCCACCUUCUCAGCACACUCUGACUUGUUAGCACAUUUCUAUUUCUCUUUGAUCACCCUAACCUUCUGUUCUUUCUCUCGCUGAUUUUGAAUUAUGACUGUAAAAUAUCUGAUCUGCUAGGUUUAAGUUUACUGUUAUUACAAUUAUUUAAACAAGUACAGUUAAAAUGUAGAAAUCACUCCACUUUCCCUUGAGAAAAGUAUGUCAUUAUUGUAUUAUCUGGACUAAGAAGUAUUUUCUUUACUGCAGUUCAAUUUCAUUCACUUAAAUUUGUUUUUGGUAGCGUAUGUGGGCUUCCAUAUAGGGUGGACAGGUCAUGCUUUGUAGGCUCAGUUUCGUAGACACGGAUUAAGCCUAGACGCAGGAUAAAAGAAACAUUCAGGGAAGUUCUCCAAUGAAAAACGGCUAAAUCCAUGUCUGGGAAACCAAGCCUGAGAGAUUUGCAUUCAGAUUUAAUGAAUGCAAAACUCUGUUUUUGCACUGAGGCUCCUGCAGUGUUGUGCAUUAAGAGUCAUUUCACACCCUCAUCAUUGUCAAAAUCUCUGAUCAUGUCCACAAUCUUGGUCAACAAGCCAAGCCUAUCGAGCAUGUUAGGUCCAUUAUGUCUGUUUACCUUCAGUCACAUUUGAACCAUCUAAACGAGUAAGAUUACUGUUUACCCUUUGCCAUGUUGCCCCCUAAAAAGCUGCUUAUUAACUAAGCCGGUGUCAUCUAAGGAUUUCAUCACUAUCACCGACUGUCAGCUGCAAAUAUCAGAACCUCAAAGGUCUGACAGUAAACACUCUUUACUGUAUGCCCAGCACAGACAGCAUUCAUAAUUGAUGCUGAAAGUGCCCAACUGAAUACACCUCCACUGACUGUUGGAGCUUAAUGUGGCUGAUUGACUGGCUGAUAAGAAGGAAGAUGUUUGUAAGAACAACAAAUGAGCCAGUGAUUAAGUAUGUUUGUGUAUAGAACUGAAGAGCAGCUCAAAUUCAUCUGCAGUUAAUGUUUAGUUUUGUUGCACAGCUGAGUAGAAAAGCUUCUUUCAGAAAUUACUUUCUCUUGCAAGUCUCCCUGCUCACCACUAGGUGCUGCAUAAAGGUUUUCAGAGUCAGACCCACGUGAUUUUGUCACAUGGAAGAUGUAGUUUGCAUAGCAUCGCUGCAUUAUAGUGCAGGUGACUACAGAUUAGUUGUCAGAGUGGCUGUGGGCUGAUGUGGUGAUCAUGGCUGAGGAUGUGGCCGUGUCAGAGGAGAUCUUAACAGACGGUCUCACUCUGCUGGUGAACAUGGGCAAAGUUCUCCUGCAGAACGCCAAGGAGGAGGCAGCAGAAUCUUUGGAGAAUUUUGUCCCACAUAAAAUCACCACUUUAUUCGGCCUGAUCACAGCUGGAGCUAGAUUCUACAGCAGCAUUGAAGUUAAAAAGAAAUGUGAAGCGGAGGCUGUUUGGCAGAAGUCUUAUCACCAUGCAGCAGUGAGAGAGCAGGUGCAGGAGCUUCAGCAGCUGGAGAAAGAGUGGGACUCUUUCCUGGAGAGUGUGGACAAAGAUCUGCAGACAACAGAUGUGCAGCUGUCUGGAGGAAAGACGGCCGACAGUUUGAGCCCAGAAACUCUAUUCACCGAUGGAAGAAGUGGAAGGAGUGUGACUCUCAGUCAGUACCUGGGUCAGGGUCAGAACCUGCUGCUGGUUCUCCUCAGACAUUUUGGAUGACUGCCGUGACGAGACCACGUGACCGAGCUGACGGCCAAUCAGGCUCUGCUGGAGGCUCGGUCAGUGCGGGUCUUGGUAGUUUCUUUUGGCAGCGUCGAGGGCGCUCAGCUGUGGUUGGAGCAGACUGGAUGUACCUUUGACAUUCUGCUGGAUCCACAGAGAAAGGUGUACAGAAGUUUUGGCCUUGGCUCAUCCUACGCCAAGGUGAUGAAGUUUGGCUGCCUGCUACAAUACUCAGACUACGUAGUUGCAAACAUAGACUUCCCAGAUUUCCCCCAUCGUCUGCUGGAAGACAGUUACCAGCUAGGAGGUGACUUUUUGCUGGACAGUGCAGGGAAGGUACUUCUCUCUCAUCCAUCGAAAAACCCUCUGGACAGGCCGACCGUGGAAGACGUCUUGCAGUCCGUGGACUCCGCAGGACAGUCCACUAACUCUGCUCACAAGCAGAAGCUGUGAAAUUCAUUCAAACACAGCCUCAGGGGUACAAGUCGUUAAACGCAUCGCUGACUCCUCACGGCAAGCGCAGCUCUUUGGCUCGCGUUCAUGACGUCACACCUUACACUCAUGACAUCAUGAAGGGGUGCGACUGAUGUUCCAGCGCGAGGCAGAGACAUCUGCUCUUCUGUGUUGCGUCAGCAUGGCGAUGCAGCAUUUCAAAUAAAGUAGUGGAUUUGAUUAAAACAGAA